AUGCCAGGUAGCUGUUUAUGCAUGCAAGGAUAUUACGGUACUAAUGCAGAGGUAGGUGGAUCAUGUAUUUAAUGUCCUUCUGGAACCAAUACAGCUAUACCCUCUAGUUAAGCAAAUGGAAAUACUAGUCCUUUAGUAAAUAUAAGUGUAUGCAAUUAAUGCUCCUUGAAUUUCUACAUGAAUACUGCUGCUAAAACAUCUUAGCCUAUUAGCUCUGCUUAGUGUACUCCAUGUCCCACAGGUUCAGGUACUUAAAUUGCAUCUACAGUUCCGACUGAUGUUUCUUUUUGUAGUAUUUGUAUUCCUAAUUAUUACAUGUCACUUGCAGCAUUUAUACCAACAGCAGGUAUUCAGGCAUAUGCCGCAGUUUGCAUUGCUUGCCCUGCUAAUUCUUUUAGUCCUUUAUAAAGUUAAGUAGGAGCUAUUACAAAUUGCACAUGCUUUGAUAGCAACGCUCUCAAAUUAUCAGUUAAUUAGCUAACAUGUACUUGCUAAGCUGGCUAUUAAGGAAAUGUUUCAACUGUUCAAGGAAUUCCUUCUGGCUGUACACAAUGUACCUAAGGAAUGUUUUCUAUAGGAGGAAUUCCAUGCUAAAAUUGUCCUCCUGGAUCGUAAAUUUUAAAUGAUUUAAGUGGCUGUUCCUGCUAUGAUGAUAGUGAUGGAACAAAACCUUGGAAUGUUUAUAUCAAUUCUUGUUAAUGCAAGGCAGGCUAUUAUGGAGAUCCUUCUAAAGCUACGUCUGGAACAACAGGUUCAUGUAGCCCUUGUCCUAAAGGACAAACUUCAAUAGAAGGAGUAGCAUUAUAAGAAAGUGAUUGCUUUUACCUUGGAAAUACUUUUAAAACAUUUAUAAGAUUCUAAAUCUUGAUUUUUUUGUUAUUAUUAUUUCUACUUUGA